UUCUUCCAUGCUUCUGAACCCACUUUGUCCCAUACAUUAAUCACCUCAAUCUUUUGUUUCUUUUUUGUUGUUGAUCAUCAUGAGUCUUUCUGGUAAGAUGAGCACCGAAGUUAGGAUACACGCAUCCGCAGCCAAGUGGUUCAAUUUCUUCUCAUCUCAACUUCAUCAUAUUCAGAACAUUGCAGAAAGAAUCCAUUGCACCAAACUCCAUCAAGGUCAUGAUUGGCAUGCCAGUGAUUCUGUCAAACACUGGAGUUACACCAUAGACGGAAAAGUAGUGACGUCUCAAGAACGCAUUGAAUCCGUCGAUGAGCAGAACAAAAGAAUCAUAUUCAAGCUCUUUGGUGAAGAUAUCGAAAAGCAGUUUAAGGUCUUUAAUCUCAUUUUUAAAGCGACUGAUAAGAAUGAUGGCGUUGCUUGUAUUAAAUGGACCAUUGAAUAUGAGAGGAAGAGUGAGGAUGCUGAACCUCCAUAUGGCUACAUUGAAUUUUGCAACAAAUGUGUUAAAGAUAUUGAUGCUCAUCUUCUCCAGGCAGAAGAGCUCAACGAAAGUUACAAAAUAAAUUAAAAUAUUAACUAUUAAUUUAUAUAAAAGUAUGUACGUAACUAUAUAUGUCGUUCUUCUGAUAAGAAAUAUUGGCUAUGCCCUAUGACACAUAAUGUUUAUCUGUUCAAUAAGUGUCAAGUUUUAUCGAGUAGAAGAAGUGUGUAUCGUUUGUAUGAAAUUAAUAAUUGGAGAUGUAUGUGGGAGAUCUCUUUGAAGAAUGUUAAAUUAAUAAACAGAUAACUUUGCUUUGUUUA